CACAGUCGGAGAAGAUCACUCCAGCGCCCCACACCGCCCCCCCCCCCCCCCCGCACGCACACACACACGAUCUCUCGAUCAUCCAUCACUUGCCGAUCCAAACCCUCGUCCAAACCCUUGCAUCCCGAUCGGAAAUCACCUCCAGAUUCGACCCCAACUCCCGCCGGCGUUAUCCAUCUCACGGACCCCCUCAUCUCCUGCUUCCUCACCUCCAGAUUCAAGAUUUGCAGAUUCCGGCGAAGUUCAAGUUUUUCCGGCGACUCAGGCCAUUGCCAUGGCCACUGACUUGGACGCUCUAGACGAAAUCUUCUCCGAGCCUGCUGCAAAAAAAGUUAGGACUGGGGUCAAAUUUCAACCGAAGGCCAAACCCCGUCCAAGAAAGGAAUCAUCUGCUGUUGUUGAUGUUGGAGAGAAUAAGAAACCAUCUUUAGUUGGUUCUGGUUCUGAGACCCUGAAGAAUGAAAAGUCAUUGAAAAACAAUGAAGACUUUGUAUCUGGAGUUCAUUCCUCCGAUGACCGCGCAGUAGUGAACCCCUCGUUGGAACAUUUUGUUAUCGGGGAGUCUUUGGGCUCCGGUGCUGGUCUGCCUUCCGACGUAUCACCUGACGUAAAUGGAUUGCAUUUUACCAUUGGCAAAUCAGCAGGAGAAAGUGCAGAUAUCUUUUUCGGGUUGGAGUCUCUUGAUGAUUUUUACUCUCAAUCUACUACCACUUCAACGGUGGGGGCUGCGAAUAGGUCUCUGAAAGAGGUUGACCUGAGCGUCCAUCUUGGAAAUGAUUUAUCAACAUCAUGUCCAGUAAAUAACGAUGCUGAAGGCAUUCUUGCGCAUUCAGAGAUACCCACUGUUCGUGAUUCUGAUACUAGGAGCGUGGAAGAGGAACCUGUUAUUCCAGUGGUUUCUCAUCUUAAUGUAUCAGCUGUUGGGGUAUCCAAUGCAUCCUCACCUGAUCCAUCUGCUGAUCUUACUAUUCCUCAGGAUCCCUUAACCUGUGGGGACAGUGCUUCAUGUGAAAGUGGAGUUCCCCAUAUAAACACAAGAUGUGUGGAAAUAGAGGACGCAGAGGCCAAUCCAUGCUUGGAAACCUUAUUUCAGUUAACCACACAAUCUGGUCAGCGGAGGGGAAAAUUCAAGCCCAAGCCCAAGGCUCAAAUUGACGGGGAGAAACCUGGCGGUAUGACUUCUCGUCCGCAGGGGUAUGAGUCAGUUCCAUGCUCUCAGAAUGCUCAGUAUGUUCCUUCUGAAAGUGAAUAUAUAAAUGAGGCCUCUAUCCCUGCAAUGCCAACAAACGAUCUUCUGAAUUUCUCGUCAUUGAGGUUUGAUGAUACUUCAUCCCAAAUCCCAGAGAUUGAAGAACCAAUGUAUCCUGGGGAAACUUCAGAAAAGAUUGUUUCUCCAAGAACCAAGUGUAGAAAAAGAAAACGUCGAAAGGUACCCGUUGUUUCUUCGGACCACCAACAAGCUUCCAUAUCUGGUCCGGAGAAUGAAGCUGAUGAUGACGAGAACUACGUCUAUGAAUCCCCAAGUGGUUCACAUAUACAUGAAGAUGAAAGUUUUGAUGGUAAAUUACAGGAGAUUAAAACAACUAAAAAAAGAAAAGUACCAAGAAAGUCCAAUAAAUCUGCAACUCAGAAAGAAAAACCUGUUCAGAAGCGUAAGAAGGCUAAAGAAGUUCCCGACCCGGCAACUAAAGAGCCUCCCGGAAAGUUCUCUCACUCUACUAAGCGUAAGAGAAGACAAGUUGACAAGGCUUUGCUUGACACCCCAGAAGAUGAAAUUGAUGUGACAAAGUUAUGUAUGAGAGAUCUAAUCUUGCUUGCAGAACACAGGGAGCGGAUUUCUAGCAAAGAGGGAAAAACAUCGGAAGUGCCUUCAACCUUGCAUAGUGCUGGUACUUCAUAUGCCGGUUAUAAUGAAGAUGAGACAUUUGCUUCAGAACAAGGGGGCUUAAGUGAUGAUCAAACAAUUCCUAUUGUUCAAGAGAGUUCAACUUACACUAAUUAUCAAACUUACAUGAACAAAACACCGAGGUCAAGAUGGUCGAAACAAGACACGGAAUUGUUCUACAAGGCUUUGCGACAGUUUGGAUCAGAUAUAUCUAUGAUCCAACAACUUUUUCCUGGUCGGUCACGUACCCAAGUUAAGCUGAAGUAUAAGAAAGAAGAGCGUCAAAAUCCAUUGAGGCUUCAUGAAGCUCUUACUACUCGUUCCAAAGAUCAUACCCAUUUUCAACUGGUGAUUGAGCACUUAAAAGAAGUUGCGGCCCAGGAAAAAGAGAACUCGUGUAGAGAUGACUCAACUGGAUUCCCAGGCGAUGAGGAGGAGGAGGAAGUGGCAAAAUCCGAGCAGGCCGAGGAAGGAGUCAAGCAGGCUGAGGAAGGAGAAGUUGAAGCUACGGAACCUGAUAUUACUGAAGUUCACAGUCCCACCAAGACUUGUGAUACUGAGGAUGACUUGUCUAGAUGGAGUCAAUAUAAAAGUGAAUUAUAACAUUCGAAAGAAAAAGAUACCACCACACCAAAUACUCGCGCUCCUCAUUCCAAAGUUAAUUUGUUCAGUUGCAGUAAUUAGGGAUUUCUUCCUCAUUCCAAAGUUAAUUUUUUCUGUAA